AUGAUACGGACCGCGUCAUUCGUGGUUUGGGGGACUAUGCGAUUCCCAGACACGUACAGGCGCCUGUACACCUACGGCUGGCUGGGUUGGCUGCACCUUUCGAUAUGUGGUGCCUCCGGAUCGCUUGAUGUCGGGUCUAGCAUGGAGCAGCACGUUCUUGAUUCUGCUGUUUGCGCUGAUGGUUCACCCGGGGUCUUCUACAUGGCGACGAACACGUCAUCGACAGACUACGUGAUGUUCAUUCAAGGAGGGGGAGCGUGUGCAUAUGAUGAAGAGCUCUGUGAUGAGUAUCUCGACGACCGCCCGCAGGCGUUCACCUCGACCGGGCUACCAGAUGCAAUGAACGCCCACGGCGUGUUGUCGGACGACCCGGAGGAGAACCCGUUGUACAGGGAAACGCUCCAGACAGUGCUCGGAAACGUUUCUGCAACAGCGACGGUGGUCCUGGUAGGCUCGUCUGCAGGGGGAAUCGGUGCUUUCAACGCGGCCACGUGGCUCCUAGAAUCGUUCGAUCAGGUCUCAGAGCUGAGCGUCGUUCUCGACAGCUCCUUCUUUUUUGAUGUCGACGGCACUCUCGGCGACAUGUUGGCGCCUCUCGCCGCGGACCCCUCCAUGGCCUACAGCACCAUCUGUGCUGAGGAUUUCAACGGCGGCCCGUGCUGCUUGCAGUUCAACUGCAUGGUGCAGAAAGGGUACUAUCCGACCGCGGAUGAUCGACUAAGGGGUACUUUUGUCUUAUCUACACUUCAGGAUGCCCUUACGGGCGCGCUCAUUCUGGAGCGUGGCAAUGUCAAUAGCGAGGCUGUUGAAAGCGUCUGGGACGUGGCUGCCUACGCAGGGCAAACUGAGACAUCUCUUCGCAACUUGGCCGCACUCUACAAGGCGGAGCUGUCCUUCUUCGCUCCAAGCUGCAUCGAUCACGGGCUACUACUUGUCGGCGACGUCGAACUAUGGAUGUGCCCAUCGGGGACCGAAUCAUUCGACAACGUCGAUGCUCUGUGCCUUACCGAUGAAGAAACUGGAGCCUUAUCUGGGGUAGAGUUCCAAGUAACUCUGGAUGACGUUCGCCUACGCUUGGCGGCUGAGAUUUCUGUGGACGCAUGGGAGCGCAUCCAGGUGGCUCUCUUCGACUCAUGCAACGACAUUAACUGCAACCCAACCUGCAUGUCUGAGCUGAUACCGGGCACACGAGAUGAGAGCGAGAGUACGCUGGUAUGGACCCUGGUGCUCGCAACCUGCGCUGUGGCCUUGUUGGUACUUGGAGGCGGGCUAAUCGCAGUGGUGUGGGGUGUACGGUGGAGAAACCGCGCAGUAGGCAUUGUGACAUCUGCUUUGCUAGAAGAAAGCCGAAAAUCCCGAGACAAACAAGCGCCAAGCCUCAGACGCCUGCGCUGUUUCGACGCCCUUCCGACAAGUCGCCGGUGGCGGACACGUUCGCCAUCCGGCAUCGACACUGUCCCCGAAGAAAAGCAGCUGCUUCACAACAUGGAUGGAGAAGUCCCUAAGGGAUCCUUGUGCGCGUUGAUGGGACCUUCAGGCAGUGGCAAGAGCACUCUGCUCGAUCUGCUCACCGGAAGGAAGGCGAUCGGUCGGUGCAGCGGGGAGUUGAUGUUCAACGGAAAAUCUAUCGCAAACCAAAAGGGCUCAUACAUCUCCAAGUCCGGCUACAUGCGGGCAAUCAAGCUAACGUCCCUCGAGGGAAGCAUCAACACCAAAGCGGGCGGCUUGAGCGGGGGACUCAAGCGGCGUUUGUCCCUCGCCCUAGAACUCUUGCCGGACCGCCGAGUUCUGUUCUUAGACGAGCCGACCUCAGGACUAGAUGCCACUUCGUCUCUGGAGCUCAUGACUAUUCUCAAGCGCCUGUCGACUAAGGUUACUUUGGUUGUGGCCAUUCAUCAGCCUCGACCGGAGCUUUGGCUGCUAUUUACCCACGCGAUCCUUCUCAAAGAUGGCAGAACUGUAUACUGCGGCCCGGCAGAUGAAGCUCUGAGCAGUAUCACCAGGUGGGAGGUCUGGGAUGUGCAACUAGAAAAGGCGUCAUGA